AUGAGUUUUUGCGUCUUUUUUGCAGUACGGAAUGUCGUUUCGAGCAAAAAGCCACCGAUUGUGACGAAAAUUGCGUCGCCGCUGCUGAAAAAAGAGUCAACGACGUCGUCGUCGCGUGUCAGAAGUGCAAGCGCGGGUCGCGACAAACGCAGUGAACUUCAGGCGCGGUACUGGGCUUUCCUGUUUGGCAAUUUGCAACGAGCGAUUGAUGAGUUGUACACGACCGUGGAGUGUUAUGGCUCGAUGUCGUCAUGCAAAGAGGUGAUUUUGGUACUUGAGAACUAUAUAAGGGAUUUUAAGUCGUUGGCAGAGUGGUUUCAAGUGUCGUCCGAAUAUGAAAAUACGCCGUUGCCACAACGACCGCACUCGUUGGCGUGGGAAGUGAGGAAGAGUAAUCCUGUGCCACGCGUCAGAAUCAAAACUCUUGCCAGUCCAAAGUCAAUUUCCGGCAAAUCGAGUCCAAAUUAUUCCGGAAAAAACAGUCCUUGCCCCAUAAUUGAAGAAAAUUCCGUAAACUCACCCAAAAGAACGCCAUCAGAGAGCAAAUUAGCCAUCAUUUCGCACAACAAUGCCUCCAUGCUGCAAGGCUCCAAGGAGUUAAUCCACAUAAAUCACACAACUUUCGAGAAUUUCACGAACGGCGAGAUCGUUUGUCACGACAUGAUCGCCUUGAAAUCAUCCAUCAUCCCCGAAAGCAUCAGUCAAGUGCCCGUCGAGACGCAACAAGUCGUCGAACAGAUAAAUCUCGCCGUCGAUCAAGAAAAUAACAUCUUCAACUGCGUCAUGGAUGUCAUCCGCUUAGACAAAAGCUCGCAAACGGACUUGCCGGAUGGCGAUUUAACGCUCGCCGAGUACUUGGAGAAGUACGACAAGUGUCUCAUCGCUUCAGAAAACCCAAAAAUCGAAGAAAUUCCCAAAACGGAGGAAAAAUUACCUGUCGAAGAGAAGAAAAAACCUCCGGUAACGGCAAAAUACUCAAGUGUUGUGAGCAAAAAUUUACCUUCUCGCGCAGCGACGAUGACAAAUGGCGUUCAUGGCAGAGCUGGGCAUCAAGGCAUCUUGAAAAAAACUGUUGUGGGCAAAAUUAUUCCAAAAACGACGAAUUCUUCCGUUGUUUCGAGUCGUCAAACGCGUUCCGUGAAGCUGCGCGAUAACUUGGGAGCUCCGAAAAACGUGGAAAAUCGAUUGUCGGCACGUUCAAAGACGAUGAUCGAGAUAAAUAGCAACAAAAAUCCCGUAAAUACCCAAAAAUCCCGCAUUAGUGAGUUAAAUCGCCUCUCAAAAUCACGCGAAAGUCUCGGAAGUAGCACUUCCACGCUAAAAGCAAGCACAGAUCGCUUGUUGCAUGGCUCCAGCAAGUCAAGUCUCGUCCGUUCCAGCUUAAAAUCCGAUUCCAAAGCCCAAAGUUCGUCAAGUGAGACCAUAACAGGCAACGACAGUGGAUGGCAAACCGUCAAAAAUCGCCGUCGCUUCAGCAGUCACUGGGCAAAUCGCUUCAAUCAACCUUCCGGAUACGCGAGUUUACCUUCUCUGGCCCUUUUGAACGAAGAAAAACCUGAAAAAAACGAAGAUGAGAAGCUAAAAAAUGAAAAAUCGGUUACAAAAGAUGUGAAAAGUAAGACUUUGACGGAAGUAAAGAAGAAACCCGUUGCUGUCACGAAGCCAAUUGUGCCCUCAAGCGUCAAAACAUCCUCGGUUCUCGCCAAAACGACGCAAAAACCCAAACCCGAAGCAAUCAAAAGUCAACAAAAGAGCUCAUCGUCCGGCGAAAUCAAGCGAAAAGUGAAUUCGGCGCCGACAACGCGAACGCCCGCGGUUCCUGUCAGCAGCAUCAAACGUCAAAAGUCGGAUUUGACGGGACUGAAACUGAAAUCGCUGCGUAAAGAGUAUCUCCGGAGCGAAAAAUUGCUAAAUUUACAAAAAAACAGCUCAAGUCCGGAUAAAAAAUCGAAAAAUGAGUCGUCAAACGAGUCGAACAGCCAAACCGACGACGAAAAACAAUCGGAAACGAGCACAAGUAAGAUCGACAUGAAAAUCCAAACGGGCAGCGAGAUCCUCAACAAACUUUAUGUCGCUUGUUUGGGCCAAUCUCGCAUCGAUCGCGACAUUUCCAGCUGCGACGACGAACAAGACAUCGAAUCUGACGACGAUCAGAAGAAAAUUCUCGAAGCGAAGCAGGAAAGUUUGGAACGCGAGUUGCGCGAACUGCAAAAUACCGAAAUUGACGUCGAUACAGAGACCGAUGAGACAGAUUGCGAAACUUUGGACCUCAUGACGACCGAUGAUCAGUGCGAUGCGAACGGAAAUGACGAGGAUAUGACGUUGGAGGAUCGCUAUGAAGCCGUUUUGAGUGACAUGUCGUGGGUCGAAAGGCUCGAAACGCUGGCGACACUGCAAGCGAUCCACGCUCGACACCCGGGACGGGCGCAGCAACUGCAUCAAAAGCUGUCAAACCCAUCGCGGUGCCUUUCGUUGACGGAAACACUCAAAAAAUAUCAGGCAAAGCAAGCUCGUGCCUUGGAAAAACGUCAAGCGUUGCAAAAGGACAAAGCGGUGAAGAUCCAAAAUUUGUUGGCGCGCGUCGAGGAGGUGAAAAAUCAAAAGCAGCAGUUAAUCGAUGAGAAACGCAUCCGGAUGGAGAGUCGUUUGAAGCGUGCGGCGGAGAAUCGAACGCAAUAUUUGCGCGAUAAGAUCCGAAAAGCGCAUGAUGAGGAGGAAAAAUUAAAGGAAAUUGCUUUUAUCAAGAGUUUGGAGGCGCAAAAUAAGAGAAUAGAUUUUAUGGAGUCGUGUCGCGAGCAGGAAGGACGACUUCAGGACUUGGAACAGGAGCGGAUUAAGCGAAUGGAGGAAAAAGCCGCGAAAGAAGCUGCUGUGGAGAAGCGUCGACAAGAGUUGGAAGCCCAAAGACAACAACGAUUGGAAAAAAUGAGCGAAACGCGUCGCGAACGUGAAAAAAGAGUCGGAAAAAUGCAAGCCCAGCGUGAACAGCAGCGUCAACAUGCGGCUCGAGCCAAAGCCAAAGACCGCGAAACGCGUCUCCAAGCGUUGCAAGCGCAACAAAUCGCCACGACAGAAGAACUUCAGCGAAAAAUCCUGCAAAAACAACAGGAAUCAGCGCGGCGGCAUGAAGAAAAUAUCGAACACAUUCGUCAACGUGCCCUGGAAAUGACAAUUCCCAUCAGAAGUGGCGAAGAAACGACGCCACAACCGGGUCAAAGGUCUUCUAUAAGUGGCGAUGGCACGAAACCCUGCACAAAAUAUUGCAGCGACAAGUCCAAGGAGCUCGUAAAGACGGCACGGAAGCGUUUGAAGAAGGUUAAACAACGAAUGGCACUUGCAGCGGCGGAUUAUCUCGCGGAAAUGCAACCUCUACCGGCUCACGUGAAAAAAGAUUCGCAAGUUCAUAAAUUGCUGAACAUGAUAACCAAAGGCGGAGGUCCGCUUGGCAUUGAAAGACCCCUGGGGCAACUUUUACGACAAAUUUCCAAAGCAGAAAUUGCGGAUUUUCAGUCAAUGUGGUUGCUCGAUGGGCUCGGAACGAUUUCCAACAUCAUCCAAAAGGGCAUGCAAGACAAUUCGGACAUCUCGAAACGGGCGGUGGUUCUUUCGGUGCAACUUUAUCGCAAUUCUUGCUCAUCCUGUCCACAGAUUGCGCGUCAUGCGAUCCUCGGAAAUACAAUUGUGGUGUUGUUUGAUGCACUUUUGACGAGUUUGCAGACCCCUGAGGAAAAAAGUCCCUUGUACCCCGUUGAACUGUCAACUGAACUGAUCUUGGCCUGCACUGUUGCCCUGUCACCCAGCAAUUCCCUGAAGCAAGCCAACCCUAAGGUAUUGGAACGCCUUCCAGAUCUCAUAAGCUAUGCCGUAGCAACAGGUCUCGUGGAUAUUUUGGCCAAACGGUGUCUCGUGGUACACGAAUCUGUGGAAAAUCAUCAAAGUGUGGUCUUGUCAUUGCUAGCGACGAUCGGAUUACUCACAAAAUUUGCGGAAUUGUGUCCGAAAGGCGGUGAUACGACGAAAUUUUUGUCAAUGUUGCAACCAACGGAGCUAUUUGGUGCCAUUUCGCUGCUGUAUUCGACAAUUGUGCCGAUUGGUGAAUGUAUUCCGAAAAGAACAAUUUCGUUAGCGGCUGCGACAUAUAAUCUACUGGUUACAUUAGCGAGUCUCGAUGUGAAAACGUUUCAGGAGAUUUUGGGCGAGGAAUCAUUGUCGCUGCAAUUUUUCGAUGUCGUGACGAUUUUGCUCAAGUAUUGUGUUCCAAAGUGUCAUGAGAAGGGAGAAACGCAGGCUGUGAUAAUUGACUUAAUAGCAACAUUAGGCUUCUUUUGUGCCAACAACAAAGAGAAUCAGAACCUGUUAAUCAAUUCAGAGCAAUCAUCUAUCAUUAUAAAGAGUCUCACAAAAUUACCAAAGGAGUUCGAUAUGGUCAUUUAUCCGACAUUGGUAACGAUUAUACAUGAAAAUCCUGAAGCACGGCAAUUGUUGAGUAAGGAUUUUAAUGUUGAGCUUCUCGAAGAAUUCAAAGCAUCAGACAUGGCAAAAAAGAAUAAAAUAGUCUCACUUUUGUUCAAAAUUCCAACUGAAACCGCAAAACUUCCUGGAUCCCUUUCAGGCUCGGAGUUAAAUACACCGUCAUCAUCGUCGGUUGCUUCAUCGCUUCCGUCAACACCAUAAAAAAAGACUAAUUAUACUCACACAAACCCAAAAAACACUUGAAUUUCACUUAAUUAAUCUCACAUCUCAGUAUUUAAUCAACAUUAACUUCACCUUUCUAGCGAGCAUUAAAAACAUUUUUUCAUUCACGUAUUUAUUUGUCAUUUGUUUCACUAUUUUGUUUAAUUUUUCAUUUAAUCUUAAGAACUUUUUUGUAGCAAUUUUUUAUGUUUAACUAUUUACUUAAAAAAAAAGAAAUAAUUAUUGGAUGCAACUUAGGCAGACAAGGAAAAAAAUUAACAAGUCCAAAGGAUUAAUUAUUAUGAUAAAAAAUUAAAAAAAAAACUCGAAAAAAACGCAAUUAAUUGUGAUGAUAAACUAAAAUAAAAUUUAAA